AUGGAGACGCCUACAGCCAAUAAGAUUGUGGAGAUUGAAUUAUCAAAGCUAAAGAAUGAACACCAAUUUAUAUUUAAUGAUAAUCUUACCCCGUUCUCUUUGAAAGUUAGGAAUCAAGUGAAUAAGGAACAAGGGAUAAUAGAAUCACCAAUACCUUCCACCAUCAAAAAGUCAAAUACAUUAGAUGCCUUAAAUUUAGAACUCAUCGAGUUCCCAAGAUUUGAAGAAUUUGAAUCUAUAGCUCAAAAAAUCGGUAAAGAAGAUAUUGAAGAAGCUGAUGAAGACAGCACAGAAGAGGAAGAAGAGGAACAAGCACACAAUAUAUCAAAUGAUAGCACUGAUAUGAAGCUAGAUACAUUGGGAAUACAAGAUUCACCAUUAAUGAAAUUUCCAAUUUUUCAAGAUGUUACUAUGAACAUUCCAACCGUUCCGAAAGACAAGAAUGCUGAAUUUUCCUUGGAAGAAUUUCCUAUUUAUGAUUUCAAACAUCAAACAGCUGAUAUAAUAGAUCAUGAAGAGGUGCUACAAACACCAGAAAUCAUUAGAUCUUCAAAAGUCAAUGAUAAAAUUGAAUCAAAUUCAACACCAACCAAGAAAUCAUCAACUAAUAGUAUUAAGAGAAGUAAAAGUAAAAUACCACUGCCAGCAUCAUUAGUUAACGAAGUGAGAAGAUCUAAACGAUUGGAAAAUCAAAUACCAGUUCAUAUAAAUGAUAGAAAUGUAUGUACUCCAAAAUCAUUAAAUUCAAAAUCAAAUCCAAUACCAAUUUUACGAAUCAAAUCUGAAAAUUCACUUAAUUUCAUUGUUGAUGCUUCUACGGGUAAAUUACAUGAUGCAACACAAUAUGCAACUGAAAUAAAUGCAUCGAAUGGUGAAGGAGUUCCAAUACCCCAAACAAUAAAUGAACAAGUGACAGUACCAGUUAAUGGACCCAAAAGAACUAAAACACCUAAAACUGCAAUAGUUCGUGGUUAUUUACUGAAAUUAUCAUCAAAUGGCAUAAAGGGAAACACCAGUUCCAAUAGAAGAUUAGGUUUUUAUUCAGAAGCUGAUUACAAGAAAUAUUUCAAUCCCAAACAUUCACCUGUCAAAAUUAUGAAACCACAAAGUAAUUCAACAUCACCAACAAAGAAAACAAAAGCCAAAGAACUUAACACGAAAAGAAGUGUACGCUGGGCCGAACAACUUGAAUGGUGA